CAAGAAACAUGUCAGAGUUGAGAAAACGCUUGUCGAGUUUGGUUUUAUUUUGUUGAAUUAACAGUGUUCGCUGCGUAAAAAUGGAACUCGCUCAAGACAGCGCAGCUGUGGAGGCUACCGAUGGACAAAACGCCACCUGCUAACCCGGACUCUGCACAGCCGAGCCAGGAAGAGGAGAUGCCCACAGCCAGCUCUACAGCUCUGCAAUUCUUACAGUCCAUUGGAGGAGAAGAUUACAAGUAUCUGCUGUUUAGAGAUGACCUUGUCACAACUUCUGACACAGGACGUGAACUGGGCGAGUUCAGCGUUUCUGUGGAACAGACCAUUCGCAACGGAGAGAAUUGCUUCUUGGUGCAUGCUAAUAGCCAUGGUGCUAUUGACAAUGUUCCAUGUGGCACAUCGAUUACAGCGCAUGUGUCUGAACGUCUGGAGACGUUAGAACAACACCAUCAUGAGUAUGUCAAGCUUGAAAACUGCCCCUUGGACAGGAAGACUGUGUUAAUCAAGCAAGCUGAUAACUUUGUUGUCAAUAGAGUCAUCACUCAAGGGGAGGAUGUACAGAAGUCAACACAGUCAUUUCCAGUGGAUAAAAUGGCUGGCUUUAUAUCAGAAGGCUCAAACCUCCUCCUACACCGCUUGAUGAUACAGAAGGGAAUACCACAGAACUUCCAGCUCCUCUCCUUUGACUCCGACAGCCACGUCUGCCAGGCCACCUACAAAAAGUUAGAAGACCGCACCCAGGUUGUAGAUGGUGUAGAACUGAAGGUGUGGGGAAUAGAAAGGACAAUCCACUCUAAAUCUGAUCUGCCCACCACAUGGCAGUCGUACUUCACAAGUGAUGGAUUUCUCUCAAGCCGUGUUCAGGUUGGGUCGCCAGUGACAAUGAGGUUAGCUAGGAUUCCUCAGCCCAUAGUCAGAGAUGAGGAGCCCACCAAACCGAUCUUCUCGAAGAAACCUCUGAACUGGGAAGAAGAUUUGCAACUAUUCUCGAAAUUUUUGGACAGAAAGGAGGAGCUGAAGUGUGACCACAGCAGCUAUAUGAGGAAUCACCCAGAACUCAAGGCCCUCAUGGCAGACUUCAUGCAGUUUUUGCUCCUCAGAAAGCCCAAGGAUGUCAUCGCGUUUGCUGCUGAUUACUUCGCAUCCUUCUCGUCCGCGAUGCCCACUCCGCCAUCGUACAUGUCUUCUGCAGUCCCUACCCCGUUCCCGCAGAGCCGAGCCAGUGACAGGAUGAAUGAUUUGCGGAAGAACUGACUCCUUGCUGCCUGAAGCUGAUUCUACAAAGCCAGUUUUGACUUCUGUCAGAAUUAGAACUUGAAUCCAUGGCAUAGUUUGUGAUCUUAGUAGUUCAAAUCAUGGCACCUUUAUCUUAACAGAGUACUGUUAGGGUAAUUAGGUGCUCCCAAUAGUAAACCAUUGGAUUCAAAACCAAGCAUUAAAUUAAGAUUUCUCAUUUUAACAUGUCUUUGCGGAAUCGGCCACUGGUAUAAUUUAAAAAUCCCAGCUGUGUUCACUAGAGACCUGUUUACUCUGAUUAACCCACAGGCACAUGUCCUGCUUUACCAAUGUUUUCUCUUCAUGUGGUUUACACUGCUGGUAUGACGAAUCCACAGUACAGGCUUGUCUGUGUUUGUUCUUUCAUUGUCUCGAGAAUUUCAUGUUCCCCUUUCAUAAAAUAAAUGUAAAUGUGCAAAAAAAAAAUAAAUAAAUAAUUUUAAAAAUCUGCAUGUCAAAAUGUAAUCUGUUUCAAAAUUUUAUUCUGUUCAAGGUUGGGAAUCUCAAAUGAAUUUACCGCCUCUUUUCCUUUUUAAGCCUUUCAGUGUUUGUUUUCAUUGUUAAAUUUCAUCAAAUGUAUGACCAUACAGAAGAACUACAUGUAUAUCUGUUGCUGAUGUCUAUAGUUUUUCUAUUUAAUUAAUACAAAGUCUGUAAGUUGUGGUCAUGUAUGAUUCAAUAAUUAGAAUCGUAUUCCUAAAUGUCAUCUGAACUGAUGACAAUCUCAUAGUUACUUGUAAUACAUAUGUAUGCUAAACCAGAUUCCUAACCAUGGUGUCUAUAUGUACAUGUAGUUGCCAAGGCCAUUCUUUAGAAAUUCUUUGUUGGACAUAACUCUACCGAAUCAGAAAAAAAUAACAGAGGUAUAUAGGGCAUUCUUGCCAAGGAAAAAGAUAGGGGGAUCAAAAAAAUUAACAUUAUGAGAACAUCUCUCAAAAGGACAAUAAAAAGUUACGGCCGUCUUUUUGAAGGGUGAGUUUGAUUAUGGCCAACAAAUAUAUUUUAAUGAUGGCCAAAUCUCAUAGAUGUGAUGGUACAUAUGGGUAAUGCGGUGGAAUUAUAUAUUUUGAUUCCGGACGACCGUUUCUGAGCUGGCAUGUUUGAUGUACACCCCAUGUAACCAAACUGUAAUAACAUACACAAAACCAUACACAGAACCCUUCAUCCCCUCCAUCCCGUCCAUCCUUUGUGGGGAUUCCUCCCACCAAAAUGUUGGUUGCUGUCGUACAAGAGAAAUAUUCUUGAGUAUGGCAUAAAACACCAAUCAGAUAAAUGAAUUCUUUGUCAGCUGUUAAGGCCUCUUUUUUUUGUUUUUCAUCUUACUUUUGAUUUAAUGUUUUGUUUUUCAUGAAUCUGUGAUACAAAACCAAAACAAUAAAAGAAUAUCAACAUUUAAUACUGGAUAUGAAACUGACAGGGUUGAGUGAUGCUGAUAGGAAUAUUUGAACAUUUUAAUUCAGUUCAGUGUAGAGAUUUUUUAUGCAUCUGUUAUAUCUACAAUAGUCUGUUGUGUUUAAGUUGUCUAUCAUUUCAUGUAAUAACAUAAUCUCAUUGUCCAAGGUCAAACAAUUUCAGGUUAUGACAAAAAAACGUGGGGAUAACUGCUAAAAAGGAUAUGUUCAGAUGUUUUUUUUUUAUCCGGACAACCA